UCACAAUUUCAUUUGUAUUUCAGUAAAAUCAAGCUCCACACUGCAAUAUGAAAAUCUGUAUUCUCUUAUCUUCGUACAAAGGUGUGGGUUCAUCAUUAGAAAACUAUGACUCGUAUCAGAACCCAGGGCUCUACGACAAUAAACAUGUCUAUGAGCAGAGAAUCGUCGCCAAAAACAAUGCCAAAGAGGAAAUCGACCGAAUACUACAGGAAGGAUUUGAUUUGAUUUGGCAUUUCUUGUGGGGACCAGUCAAUGAGAAUAUUGCCGGUGUAAACGAAAUCAAGUAUUUGGAAUCGAAGAAUGUGCCGAUGAUUGGAACAUCUUCGAAGUUUUUAUCCUUGACAAAAUUGGAUUACAAACGAGCUGUGACGUCGGCUAAUAUUAAAACACCGAAAAGCAUUGUAGUUAAAGGAGAUGAUCAGUCUAUUGUUCAAUUGGAGUUAGGCGACCUCCAAUUUCCAUUGAUUGUGAAACCAUCUGUAGGAUGUGGAAGUGAGCAUAUGACGCAAGAAUCUGUUUGUCGUGAUGCCGUGGCAAUGGAACGUCAAGUCAAACUAUUGAAGUCCAAAAUCAACGUAAAUUACGACAUUAUCAUCGAGGAAUUUGUUGAAGGCGACGAAGUUGCUGUAAUGAUUUUAGAAACAACGAACGGGGUGAUAGCCUUGCAUCCACUGAUUUAUGUUUUUCCGGAUGAUUGGCCACCGACAAAAAAAUUCUUAGAUUUUGAUACAAAGUUCGUCGGAGUUGACCGCGGCGAUGUUACAUACAAAUUGUUCGAUGGAAAUCCAGAAAUGAAAGAAAAAAUUCAAGAAACGGCAGUUAAAGCGUACGAAGAACUUGGUGUACUGGGAAGUGGUUACGCAAGAGUAGAUUUUCGUGUCAAAGGAACAGAGCUGUAUGUGUUGGAGAUCAACCCCUGCCCGGCAUUUUUUGCGGAGCUUGGAAAUAGGUAUGGUGACGACUUCCUUAUCGAAUCAACAUUUCCAGGGGGACACGAAAAUUUGAUUGAAACGAUCAUUUCGUCUAAGAGACGUUUUGAUGCGAUUCUCAAAGAAUACAACGGUGUGGCGGCAAGCAAUUAUGACGCUGCUAUUGAAGUCAAAGGCAAAAAUCUGUUCGCGAUUUGGGAGAAUUUAACCGAUACAUUUGACUAUGGUGGAGCUGUUUUGGAUUUGGGAUGUGGAACGGGCUUGGUGGGAAAAAUAAUCAAGAAAAAAUAUGACGCGAAAUUGGUGGGAAUAGAUUUGUCGUCCGAGAUGGUUAAAUUGACCGAUAAUUAUGAAAAGCUUCACGUAGGACUCAUGGAAAAUAUUGUGGUAGAAUUGAAGGCAAAGUCCUUCAAUCAUAUUGUAAGUGCCGGUGCUCUAGCGUUUAUUGAUCAGAAAAGCUUCGUAAAUUUGUUCGCUCGAAUGUUCAGCUUGGCAACUGAUUCAAUUACUGUGAUUAUAGAUGAAAUGAACGAACAGUUUCUAUCCGAUUGUGCCGCUAGAUACAGUGUACUGCUAUUCAAUCAUGCACAUACAGUAAACACUUUCCCCAUUCCAAGAGGAUGGAAUUUAGUCUACAACAAACGGGAGUUACUUUGGGAAUCGCCUAGAAUUGGAACCAAUAUAUACGGGCUUGUCCUUCGUUACGAGAGAUGCACCCGAGUUUGAAAUAAUGCUGGCAACGCCACGUGUCAAUCGAAAUCUAUGAAUCUCAAUCAAUAAAUCAAUUUGCAAACAUCA